AUGAAUACUAAAAAGAAUUUUGCAAAAUUUUUGGAAAAAAAAAUGUUUAUUAAUGUUCCAAAAGACAAAAUGAGUGAAGAGUUUAGGAAUAUAAGAAAAGAAGAAAAUUUAAGUAAUGUUGUAAAUACAAGUGAAAGAAGAAUUUUAUUUUAUAAAACAAAAAUAUGUCCAUGGUAUAUUAAAGGGAAAUGUGAAAGAAGAAAAACUUGUCUUUAUGCUCAUGCCCAAAAUGAAUUAAGAGAACUUCCAAAUUUAUGCAAAACUAGUUUGUGUCCAAAAUUAAAAAUAAAUGAAUUAUGUAACGAUAAAAAAUGUAAAUAUGCACAUACUAAUAUUGAAUUAAGAGCUACAGAAAAUUUAUAUAAAACUGCUUUAUGUGAAAGUUUUCUUAAGGGGAAAUGUUUCUCUGGUCAAUUCUGUAGAUAUGCUCAUGGGCAUAACGAGUUAAGAGAAAAUCCAAUGGAAAUAACAGAUAAAAAUAUUAUUAUUGGUACUAGUAAAAAUAAAAACGAUAAAUUAGAUUUCGAAAAAAAGAAAAACGUUAGUAAUAAUAAUAACAAUAAUAGUGGUGAUAUUUGCAAAAGAAACGAGACAUAUUGCAUUUUUCCAAAAAAGAAGGAACUGUAUUUUAGUAAACUUAACACUUUAACAGAAGACGAUGGUGUUUAUGAUAUAACUGAAACAAUGGAUACUCAAGUAUUGAAUGAUAGUACAACAGAAAAUUCAUAUGAAUGUAACAAAAAGGCAGAAUUUGUUUUUAAAAAUGGUAAUAAUAAUAAUAAUUUGCCAUCACCUCUAGAAGCUUUUAUGAAGCAAGAUGAAAACUCGAAGUUUAAUGAAGAACAAUUUUUAAAUGAUAAUUUAAAUGUUUUAGGUUUUUUAGAAGAACACAAUAAUGUAGAAAAAAUUGGAAAGACUAAUAAUGCAAUUAAUGAAAUUAAUAGUAAUUCAAAUAAUUUUUAUAAUAAUAUGGAUGUGAAUUUUUUGAGAAAAAAUAAAGAUAUAAGUAAUAGUACUUCAUCAAUGAUGAAUUUUAGUAUUGGUUCCCAUGGAAAAGUUGACAUGAACACUCACAAUAAUUUAGAAGACAAUUAUUAUAAUUUUAAUGCUAAUAAUAUAGAUAAAUUAAAUUACGAAGACAUAUUUUUUAGUGAUAAUUCUUUUACAACAAUAAAUAGUAAUGGAAAUAGAACUCAGACUUUAAACAAUUACAUGAUAAAUGAAUCAAUUAAUGGUAAUGUGGGAGGAGUAGAUCACAUAAAUAAUCAUAGAAAUGUUAAUCCAAAUAAUAGUAGAAACGAUAAUAUUACAAAUAAUAAAGAUAUGGAUAACUAUGUUGGAUGGGAUAAUUUUUCUUUAUUUGGAAAAACGAAAACAUUAAUACCUGAAAACGAUUAUUUCAAAAUAUUUAAUUAUGGUAUAUGCAAUAAUGUUGAUAACAAAAUAUAUGAUAAUUGCAAGGUUUAUAAAAAUCAAAUAGACAAUAAAGUUGAUAAAUCUUUGUUUAUUCUUUAA